AUGGGAGGACCCUAUAUGCCUAGAACAGCCUCAGUGGGAGGCCGACCAACAAUCACCCUCGAUAUCCCAAUAUGCUCCGUCUUCCUCGCCCUUUUCAUCACCGGCGCCGCCUGCCACAUGACCCUGUUCCGACGCAAUCUCGCAAAAGGCCACAAAUUCAUUCCAUCAGCCGCAACAUUCGGUUUCUGCAUGUCUCGCAUUAUCGCAAACAUCAUCCGCAUCGCCUGGGCCUGUCACCCGACGAACAUCAGACUCGCAAUCGCAGCAAACAUCUUCGUCGCAGCUGGCGUGUUGCUGCUCUUCAUCUUGAACUUGCUCUACGCUCAGCGUAUGUUCCGAGCUGUCUACCCAGUCCUGGGCUGGUCACGACCUGUAUCGUGGGCAUUCAAAGCUCUAUAUGUUCUCGUCGGCGUGACGAUCGUUAUGGUCAUCACUUGUGUUAUUCAGAGUUCGUAUACUCUCAACGCCAACACCCUUCGCAUCGAUCGCGAUAUCCAGCUCUACGGUCAGACUUACUUCUCUAUCAUAUCGUUCCUGCCGCUUCCUCUUCUCUUGCUUGUUCUUUUGUCUCCGAACAGAAAGCGAAUUCAAGAGGUUGGUUCCGGUAGCUGGGUUGUCAAGGUCUUUCUCGUUGGACUUGUUAGCUGUUUGCUUUGUCUUGGUGCAUCUUUCCGUGCCGGUACCUCUUGGAUGUCACCUCGUCCUGUCACUGACCCAGCCUGGUAUCACAGCAAGACCUGCUUCUAUAUCUUUAACUUCACUUUGGAUUUUUUGGUCGUGGUCAUCUUCUUCGUCGGCCGUGUUGACCAGCGAUUCUGGGUUCCGAACGGCAGCUCGAAAGUGCGUCACUACAGACGAGAUGAGGGUAGUCAGGAGAACGCGCAAGCUGCUCAGAAUGGAACUUCUCUUCCGGCUCAUGGUGAAAAGGAUAUCGAGAGUGCGGGUAGCAGCGUGUCUUUGAAGGGCUGA